AUGGCUACAGUCUUUUCAAAUCCUCCAAGUAACAUGACCCGUACAGAUCAUAUUACUACAGGUCUUAUACCCAGUCUCCAGAAACCAGUGAGACAAGUUCUCUGGAUCGGCUGCUGCGAUAGUAGCUUCAGGGAGACUACUAUUCACAAUCUCCUCCCGGAAGAGAUCUUGGAGCACCGGAAUCUUGGUAACAUGAUUAUUGAAGGCGAUCUAUCAUGCGAAACUGCGGUCAAGCAUGCAAUCGUCGAUCUUCAGGUGAAGCACAUUGUUAUUUGUGGCCAUUACGGAUGCGGUAUCGUGAAAGCAGCAUCAAGAGAGGGUCUACAAGGCCCUUGGUCAAGUAAACUGGAUUCGCUCUAUACUAAGCACCAGGGAUCUAUCGAUCAACUUCCGGCUGGUGAUCGAGAUCGCUCUUUUGUUGAAUUGAAUAUUCUUCAACAAGUCUCUUCGUUACAGGAAAUUCCAGAAGUGGCCGACGCAAUCCGACAAGGAAAUGUUCGUGUCCAUGGAAUCGUCUAUGACCCGGUAAAUGGGAAAGGCCUUUCGGUGGCAGAUGCUGGAUAUGACCACUAG